AUGGACAUUGUUUAUCGACUUGUUAGGUUUGGUGCCGUACAGCAAGACAACGGCUCAAGAAACUCCCGCUUCCACCUGGACCUCUGGUUCUACUUCACAUUGCAGAACUGGCUUCUGGAUUUCGGACGGCCGAUCGUAAUGAUAAUCCUUCCCUUGGACUGGUUUCCUCUGAACAAGCCCAGCGCAGGAGACUACUUCCACAUGGCGUAUAACAUCAUUACUCCUCUGCUGCUUCUAAAGCUGAUUGAAAGGUCUCCAAAAACUCUUCCAAACUCGGUGAUCUAUAUCAGCAUCAUGACGUUCGUGAUGGGGGCCAGCAUCCACCUCGUAGGGGACUCCGUAAAUCACAGACUGAUCUUCAGCGGAUACCAGCUUCACCUGUCUGUGCGGGACAAUCCAAUCAUGCAAAAGCUGCAACCCCCCACCCUGGUUGAUUCCUUCGAGCUGCUGUAUUACUACGACGAAUACCUGGGCCAUUCCAUGUGGUACAUUCCAUUUUUCCUCAUCCUGUUCAUCUAUUUCUCUGGAUGUUUCACAACAGUGAAGGAUGAAAGCAGAAUGCCGCUGUCCGCGUGGUCUUUGCUGGGCCCCAGCAGUCUCUAUUACUGGUACCUGGUGACCGAGGGCCAGAUCUUCAUCAUCUUCAUCUUCACCUUCUUUGCAAUGCUGGCCCUCAUUCUCCACCAGAAGCGGAAGGGCUUUCGCCUGGACAGUAACGGCCUCUUCUUACUGCUCUCCUUUUCAGCGACUUUGGUCCUCAUUGCGGUUUGGAUCGUAUGGCUUUGGAAUGAUAAGAUCUUGCGCAAAAAAAUACCCCGGGGUGAUUUAUAUUCCAGAGCCCUGGGCCUUCUAUACAUUGCACAUCAACAGCCUGCACUGAUAGGGGCCAGGUCUGGGUCUGCCAUCUCCUAA